GUGUCAAUGCACCUACAGGUUUAGUCCUUACCUGCUCUUGACCUAUAUCUCUCAGAAAGUGCACAACUUAAUAAUGCCUGCAUGGGAUGGGGCAUCAGACAAAGUGACUAUAGACUACAGUCAGCUUAGCACAAAACAGGAUGGAGAGGUGCCGAAAAAACCACAACGCACAGGUUGUCUUAGUAACAAGAAGGGGUGCGUGGUGCGGGUGCUGCUCCUGGUGGUCACUGUGUUCGUGGGGUUAAUUCUGGGCUACGUCAUCAGGCGCGAGGUGCACCCCAAAAUUACCCAGAAGAUCAUGCUACAAAAUGGAGGAAAUUGCACAACACAGAUAAAAGAUUACAGCCCCUACACAAGUAAAAAACUACUAGGCUUCUUAGAUGCUGAGAAUAUCAAAGAAUUUGUUAAGAAGUUUACCAGUACCCUAGAUAUGGCCGGCACCAAAGGCAGUCUGAAGAAAGCGGGGGAUGUGAGAGGACAGUUCCGCAGCUGGCAGAUGGACUACGUGUAUAACGCCACAUACAGAGUGAGACUGUCGUAUCCUGGGAUCCAGCGGGAGCCCAGCGAUCCAUCAAACCUGGUGCAAUUGAUCAACUCUUCUUCUUCAGUAGUAUACACCUGUAAGACGUCUUAUAACACCCCAGUGUCUGACCACAGCAGUGGUAACCAAGACACCUCUCUCACCUUAAACUACAUCCCAUAUUCACCUGCAGGAACAGCACAGGGUGACCUUGUGUAUGUCAAUUAUGGACGCCCGGAAGAUUUUCAAGUUCUGGAAAGCAAAAAUAUAAGCCUGACAGGAAAUAUUUUAUUGAUUCGAUACAAAGAUGGCAGCCCAUUUAUUGACUGGAGAAAAUUGCAUAAUUCUUUACAGGGUAAGAAAGUGUCAGGAAUUCUCUUCUUUGCGGAUCCUCAAGAUUUCAACUACGGGGGUCACAGUAAAUUGUACCCUGACACUUGGUGGUUGCCUGGCAACGUGACCCAAUUUAGAACGCUGUCUUUCACUGUUGGUGAUUUAGAUACUCCGUUUGAGCCUGCAAAAGAUUAUAUGCUAGUACAAGAAGAUAACAAAAAGAGCCCAACAGCAUUUGACCAGGUGGCCGAAUUUUACCCAGACAUUCCACUCCAGCCAAUCAACUAUCAGGAUGCUGACUAUCUCCUGCGGCAGCUAACAGAGGGGGUGCCCCCAGAUGGAUGGCGAGGAACUCUAGACACAAGUUAUAAUCUCUCCAAGCUAAAGAACAGCCAGAAGCUAAACUUGACAACCUUCAAUGAGGAAGUGGUGAAAAUGAUCAAGAAUGUCCUUGGUGUCAUUGUGGGGAGGGAAGAACCUGAUCGCUACGUUAUAAUUGGCGCUCACCACGACUCGCUGGUGGAAGGUUCAAUUACGCGGGGUUCAGGGCUGGGUAUCGCCAUGGAGCUGGCUCAAAAGUUCAGGGAACUCGCCCACAGUGGCUGGAAGCCGAGAAGGAGUCUUAUUUUUGCCAUUUGGGAUGCAACGGAAUUUGGCGCCAUUGGGUCUACAGAAUGGAUUGAGGAAUAUAAAUUAGAAUUAUCAACCAGUACAGUGGCCUACAUUAAUUUGGAUGCUGUGAUAAGAGGCAAUAUAUUCACUGCCACUGGUCAUCCCCUGUUGACGGAGGUCCUCCAUGCAGCCACUAGGGUGGUCCCCAGUCCAGACCAUGAUAAAACCAGUGUGUUUGACCAGUGGAGGAAGGACAGCAAGAAAAUGGAGCCUGGACUCUACCCCUACACGGCGAGUUCUGUGUUACUGUCUUGUACUGACUGUACAGGGUUUGAGAUGGGCGUAGGAGCUCCCUCGUUACAACUGGGUUAUACAUACCCACAGGAGAUGAAGAUCAAGAAUUUCCCAGUCUUCCAAACAUAUUUAGACAGGUUUGAGUACCUCCAUACUUUUAUAGACAGAAACUUUACGCUCCACAAAGCCAUUGCUGCAGUGACGGCUGAUCUGGUUCUCCGUCUGGUUGAUUCUGCUCUUCUUCCCUUUGAUUUGACAGAUUUUGUUGAUGCCAUGUGGACGGCGUAUAACACUACAGUUCUUAUGCACAAGGAGACAUUGACAAAGGACUUAAUGGAAGCCAUGAAUCAUUUUAACAAAGCCAUAGGCGAUCUCUCCAAAGCAGUGGCUCUGUUUCAAAAGCAAACUAAAAAUAUCACAUCACUAAGUUCGUUGGAACUGAGGCAAAUGAACAACAAGCUGAUGCAAGUGAGCAGGGCUUUGGCUGCACCAGAGAUUUACUCUGCUGGUAUGAACAGGAAAAAAACCUACAUGGGCAUGAAUAUCUUACCUGUAGCUAUUGAAGAAAGUAAUGGUGAACCAAUAUUUCUGAACCUUCACCUGCAGUUGUUGGAACUAGAGAGCAAUUUGGGAACCAACGGCCAGCCAAACAACACGGACGUCCUCAAGACGAGCUUCAAGAAGAUGGCUGGCAUUCACACUUGGAAAAUCAAAUCUCUUACCACUCUUUUUCACAAUUCCGUCUGGCCCCACGAGCAUGAUAUUGAGACAGAUAGCUAAUGGCGGUUGUUCAUCAUAGAAAUGAGAUUUUGAUUCUAAUCUUGUGAGGGAUACAGGAAUUAUUGUCGUUGGUAAAAGUGAUAUAGAUAGAUAUAUAUUUUUGGUUAGAACAAAGAAACACAUUUGAAGAUUUUUUUUACUUAAUUUGUUUUUAUUGAUUUAUGAUUAUUAUUUUUUAUUAAUGUGUUGGUUUGGGUGCAUAUUUGGACUAUUUUGUAUUUUUUAUGUGCUAGGAUAUUGAAUUAUUUAGCCAUCACUUUGAUUUCAGAACUAUUCCUUUUAGUUUUUUUCUUUUCGACAAAUUUACUAAAUGAUUUUAAACUCCAUGAAUAUGUAACUGUUCUGAUCAAGUUGCAAUUUUAAAAUUCCUAUUUUUUUCUGUGCAAAAUUGGAAAGUUUUGAAGAACCAACAAGACAAGUGUUGGUUUCAAAAGCACAAGCAAGUGAAAAUGCGUUCAAAAAACUGUAUAUUGUUUUUAAAGACAGACAGAUGGAAGAGCUGGGCUACUGAAAAUAUAGUAUAAAACAAGUGGAAGAAUAAUGAGGUUCACCCCAGUCAUGGAGCGUAUUAUCAGCAGGAAUAUGAAUCUGUAGUUUUAGGUGAACUGAUACAGCUGCAGUGAUCCACUAUGCACAAGAAAAAAGGAUUUUAUGCACAAUUAUUAAAAGCUUCCAGUAUGGGUGCUUGAAAAACACAGUAUUUAUUUGUGUAGGAAAGAAAGUUAAAUGAACAGGUGAGAUUUAAUUGAUUUAGGGUGCUUUCCCAGAGAUUUAGAUUGAUCUAAAGAUUAAGAUUUAGAUCGACCUAACUCCCUG